AUGAUGGGCGACUUUGCUUAUAUGGAAGCAAUGAAGAACUGCCAGAAAUGGAAUAGCAGGACGGUUGUGCCCCGGCUGAAGGGAAACAGGACAGUGUUCGAUCAAAAUACAAAUAUUUUACAAAGGCCGAGCCAUGCGUUGUACAGAAGGAAAGAGGAACGAUGUAAGCCAACAAAUCCCAUGCAGGUAAAUGUACAAUUUUGAAUGCUUGAUGUUGAGAAUUUUAGUUUUGUACAUACGCCGCGCAACGAUAUCGUCGAAGUAAACAAAUCUCUUCCGAAGCUUGUGAACACAAAUAUUUUCUUACCUCAAAUCCCAGUCUCAGGGAAACCGUGGAUCAAAUUCUGAAUCCGAAUGGACUUGGAAGCAACGAAAACUCAGAACAAUCUGUUUCAGCGACUUUGAGGAGCAGCACUGCCAAUGGAGCAAAGCCUGCCUUUGUAAGUUUUAAUGAGUAGAUGACUGUUGAUGUUUUCAGGAGAAUUACGAAGCGGAUAAUUUUGAGUAUGAACUGGAUGAUGAAGGAAACGACCCAUCAGAUGAGGAUGAUUGGGGUUCCAGCAAACGGAAAGGAAAGAAAAAAGGAGCUCCAGGACAAACACCGACCAAUCGCCCUACAAAUCGACGAGGUAAUCCGGGAGGAUCUGGAGGUGUGGGAGGAGGUGGUGGAGGGAAGCCGAGGCCGGUUCCCGAUGACCUCAAUAACCCUGAAGUUCGACCGUUUGCAUGCCAACGUAUGUGUCCAUUACAUUUUGUGGGUAUUCAUGAAUUUAGAUUGUGGAGCCCGUUACAAGAGUCGUCCAGGUCUGACCUACCAUCGGCUGCAUGUGCACAAGGAUGAACAACUUAUGGCCGACAUGCCAAAAAGUCCGAGUAGUUCGUCUUCAAGCUAUACUUUCCAACCCCAGCCUCUUCCAAAUCUUCCGAAUGAUGCACCACUGAAUUUUGGACCUAAAUAGAUCCAUUCUUUGCAGGUUCCGUAGGGUAUCAUUAGUCUUUUUGAUAUCAGCGAGCCUUUGCUUAAGAUAAUUUCGAGGAUGGACCAGUGACCUUCUGUGGCACUAUAAUAGCUGCAUUUUGAUUUUUUAAAAUGCAGACCAAAAUCUGCACGAAAACUUUUAAUUACUCGGGUAGAAACAUAGUUUUGGUUUAAAAUUAUGUGGUCAUCAAUCCAAAUCUUUAUUAAUUCUCUUCCAGCAUUUCUACGAAGUCUUUUCUUACAAUUUCUCUUAAAAGGUAUUUACGAAGCCUUGUCGGGUGCCUUGACCAACCAGAUUCCCCGUUGUCGGGUUUGCGAUCGCCUUUUCUGGCCUUCAAAAACUGCCCAAAACUUUAAUUCAAACGCAUGGGACUCUUACUUCAAGAAAAUUUUAUUAUAUUGUCUUAGAUCAUAAUAUAGGAUCCCCUACUUAAUAAUAGACUCCAAGUCAUGUCACUGUACGUUGGCUGGCCCUCCCAGUCCUCCCUGUUGUCUUAUGUUGUUCUAAAGACGAAGACGGAUAAACAUUAGCCUCUUUAUAAGCAGGACUUUUAUUUCUUGGACUCUCUUUUUUAAGUGUUGGACUGGACUGGAUGGACCCCGCUGAACGAAAACUAGCUGGAAUGGAGCUUAUAAAUAGGUCAAUUUUUGUUCGGCUUCGUUUUUUCUCCCACCGGGGUUGAGUUUCUUGGCUCUCGCUGUUGUGUCAUAUACAGUCAUAAUAUUCUUGGUCCAAAUUCUGAUUGUGGGUGUCUUUCCCAUAGAAAAACGCAUCUUGUCUGAAGGCUCGAUCUGACUGUAUAUGACAUUCUUAUUUCUUUACUGUUGGUUAGAGACCCUGGACCUUCUCUUUGAUAGCUGAUAUUGAUUUAGUGUUGACUCUUACAAUUUCAGUGCUUGACAACGCUGAAGGUGUCUCCACAACCUGUGAUUUGUGUAUGGGAUCGAAGGAAUUGAACAAGAAGACCAAUGUGCCCGAGGAAUUGGUCAGUUGUCAUGAUUGUGGACGCUCUGGUAAGCAAUUUAUACGUGGAAUAAUUAAACCGUGAAUGUUUUAAGUUAUGAAUUGGGUCGGAAUUAAGCUGUUCAUACUCCAGAAGCAUGAAUUUGUCUUGUUUUGGCCUAGAGUGACCAUGUCUAAGUGACCGCAGUAAAUGCCCUGAGGGGCAACUUGUCUCUUCAACUCUUAUUUGUGCCAUUUUAGCCCAUCCAUCUUGCGUCAAUUUUACCCCAAAUAUGUUGGUGACCACGAAGAAAUAUGGAUGGCAAUGCAUCGAAUGCAAGAGCUGCACCUUCUGCGGAACCUCCGAAGACGAUGUAAGACCAUUUUUGUUAUGCCCUCGCGGGAUAUGGGAUUGGUUUUGAAGACAAGGAACGGGACUGUCAGGCCCCCAAGGGAUGAGCGAUUAGAUCCCGGAACGGCAGGGAGUGACCCCAAAGAAAUUGACAGGAUUUAUGGUUCGACGGUCUCGUUUUAGUUCUAAAAAAGUCCUGGGAUGAGUAAAGUUGCGGAAAAACGAACGUUAUUACAGUAGUACGAGGUCAUCGGGUCCCCGUUUGCAGAGUAAUAAUGAACCCACUUUUAGUGUUCCAGACAAAUUUCAUUAUUCUCGAAUUCCGUGCGAAGCUAGUUUUUGUUUAUUUUCAUUCGAAAUUAGCAAAAUUACGGACCCCGGGUCGUCCCUUAAUUGAAUCCAUCUGUUGGGAUAUGCUGUAUUUGCAAGGAUACGGGCCAUCCACGUACAAGAUUGACACGAAAACAUAAUCAAUAACACACCGAACAAAUGUUAUUCGUUCCCGACCAAUUAGCGGUGAUCGGAUGAAGGAUAAUGUCGGGUUAAAGACUUGUUUUCUUUCAGGCCCAGCUCCUCUUCUGCGACGAUUGUGACCGUGGAUUCCACCUGUACUGUCUAAAACCCCCUCUGAAGCAAGCCCCUGAGGGCAAAUGGUCCUGUCACCUCUGUCAGAGCGAAUUCGGCCCUCUGGCAUCGAUGCCUUCGAAAUGA